AUGUCACACGUCCUAGAAGGGCACCACCACCGGAGGUCCAUCUCUUGUUUGGAUCCUUCUGAACUGACGACAACGUUGCCGAAGCGAGUCAGCACUUCCUGGGGUUCAAUAUCUUCCAUUUUAUCCGUACGCCUGGAUUGGGAGAGCAUCGUCGUUUUGAUCUUACUUCCGGCCUACGGCAUUUUCCAGUCUUUCCAAACUCAUUUACAGACCGCGACGGCUGUUUGGUCAUUAGCUUUGUGCCUCUGGACAGGUAUAUCCAUUACCGCAGGCUAUCAUCGCCUUUGGGCCCACACGUCAUAUUCUGCCACAUUACCGCUCAGGAUAUUCCUUGCCCUAGGGGGCGCUGCCGCUAGCCAAAGAUCGAUACGAUGGUGGGCGAGAGGUCACCGAGCACAUCAUAGGUUCACCGAUACGGAGAAAGACCCAUAUUCAAUACACAAAGGCCUUUGGCAUUCUCAUAUCGGAUGGAUGCUCGUGAAACCAGACCUGAAAUAUGCUGCCCGAGUCAAGGUUCAAGAUCUUGACUGUGACCCCGUCGUCAUGUGGCAGCACAAAUACUAUACAAUCCUCUUGUUGUGCUUUGGCAUCGGCCUGCCAACGGCAGUCGCAGGGAUAUGUUGGGGGGAUUGGUGGGGAGGUUUGAUCUACGCAUUCAUCCUGCGCAUGUUUGUCAUUCACCAGGUCACAUUCUGCGUCAACUCAGUUGCUCACACGCUUGGAGAGCAGCCUUAUGACAGCACUUCGUCCCCACGAGAUCAUCUGCUGACAGCUCUGCUUACUCUGGGCGAGGGCUACCACAACUUUCACCACAGAUUUCCCUGCGACUAUCGCAACGGCGUCAAGUGGUAUCAUUACGAUCCGACCAAGUGGUUCAUCCGUGGAUGCAAAGCAUUAGGGUUGGCGUACGACCUCAAAGCCUUCCCAACCCAGGUCAUCCGUGAUAGCCGGAUGGAGACUUUCACAGGUCCUACCCUCAAGCGUAAACAAAGCGGGUCAGCACACGAAAUCUCGAUUCAAGCUCUGCCCGUCGUCACAUGGGAUGAAUUCACUCGAGCGGCAAACUAUAAUGAGCGCCGCCUCUUAGUCGUGAUAUCUGGUGUGAUUCACGAUGUAACAAACUUCGCAAAGAGCCAUCCAGGUGGUAGCUUUAUACUCGAAGCAGAACAGGGGACCGAUGUCACCACCCUAUUCAAUGGUGGAGUCUAUAACCAUAGCAAAGCGGCGCGGAAGAUUCUAGCAUCUAUGCGUGUAGCGGUUCUAAGACAGGACGAGAAUCAUUGA